UACGGAAUCAAAUACGUAAGAUAGUCCACGGUACAACCAGAGCGACAGGGCUUGUAGCUAUGGUCUGUGACCAAUGUCGGUAGUUAGUCUUACAGAACAAUUACAAUACCUAGAGUAAGUUUCGAAUACAGUGGAGAUUCAAUACGCCGGUAUUACCUAAAUUUUUAUUUUGUUUAUUACGUGUAUUGCACAUUUUGAUCUCUCCGGUAACAUUCAGUUGUCUCCACUAACACACUCACACUUGUAAUACAAUGGGGGGUCGUGGGCGUAGUCGAACGCGCAGUCACAGCAGCAGUCGUUCACUAUCACCAGCACCUCGCAGCGACAAGCAUAAGCGUGCAUCCAAAUCGUCGUCAUCCCGCAAUAAGUCUAGUAAAUCCAAGAAAUCCAGUAGGAGUUAUAGAUCCCGUCGGUCACGCUCUCGCAGUGAUAGCUUUAGUCCCAGUCGCAGUGGCAGUGAGAGUAGGGACAGGAGUCGAAGUAGAAGCGCAUCAUCGGACAGGGAGAGAUCGAGGGACCGGGGCAGGCGCCACGGGUCACGCUCGGCUUCUGGUCGAAACAAGCAUAGCCAUAGGAAAUCAUCACACAAGGAAAGCAGCCGUAAAGAUAGAGAUAAAGAAAGAGAUAGAGACAGGGGGAAGGAAAAAUAUCCCGAGAAAUCAAGAUUACGUAGGGAUGAAAAACCGGAAUAUUCAGGUAGUUCCAGUGAAGACGAAGAUGAGAAACGUUCCAAACGUCGCGCACUUUCUCAAAGUCGAGAGUCUAAGAGGCAAAAGCUCGGUAAGAGUGCAAGAGACUCUCGAAAAGUAGACGAGGCUCCAGGUUUGAACGAUGAUAAGGAUGGCACGCGAAUCAAGAGCACGGUAUCUCAUGCUGAUGCGACCAUACAGAAAAGUGCAAAAACGGAACAGAAAAAUGAAUCAACUGUCCCUGAAAUGGGGACUGAAAAUGCCAAUAGCGUUGCAAAUGUGGCAGACAUGAACGUUCCAGAAGAAACCGAACCUCAGAAAAAACUUAGGGAACGAAAGGAAAGACUGGAAGCUUGGCGCAAAAAGGCCCAGGCUAGUGGUACAAACGCAACUCUGCCUGUAAACCAGAUCCCUGGUUCAGCUGAUACAGACUCACAAAUAGAGGCGAAGGCAAAGGAGCCAGAACUCGCAGGAGCUAAAAACACACCUGAGGAUAAAGCCAAACUGUCUGAAAGCGAGUCAACUACGAAAUCAGACGCAAACCCCAACACAACCGAAAACACAAGCACCACCUCAGCCCAGCCCAGAAAACGGGUCAGGCGAAAAUGGGAUUUGAAAAAGCCAGACGAGGCAUCUUCGGCAGAAAAAGAAAGUUCGGCCCCGAAAACGGAUGGCUUUGUGGUGCCUAAACCGGUAUCGAGAGUGGGACAAGCCGAUAGUGACGGCUCAAAAUCUGCGAAGGUCGAGGACGGACCAGACAUUGGCAUGAGCAAGACGGGCUUUACUAUGGGUACAAGACUCGUAACCAAGACAACCAAGAAAUUGGGCGUGGGAUUUGGCCUGAACAAAAAGGACGAGGGCGGUUGGACUAAGGGCCCUACUCUGGGUGGGCUGGGUGGAUUUGGUACAAAUCGGGUCCUGAAAGGGGUUACUGCGAAGAAAACGGGACUGGCAGGCUUCGCGAUGAAGCCUAGCAAGACUGCCCAAGGGAAGACAAAGCCCUCGCUCAUGACGCGCAGUGUGUUUGGUGGCGCUGCCAAUGACGACGAGGAUGACGAUGAUGCGCUGAAAAAGCCCGCCAUGAAGAGUAUAGAGCUGCUGAUGAAAGGAAAGGGUGAUGUCAUUGAGCCACCAGCAGCAGCUGCAACAACCGCUAAAUCGUCCGGGGCUGCACCUGGGAGUGUAACCGCUGCUGCUACCUCGGCCGAGAAUGACGAAGCCGGAGAUGAUUUGGACACAUACAUGAAGAAUGUGAAUACGGAAGUGCGCAACUUAGCCACCAACAGGCGGCGUAAAGAAAGUAUAGUCCCCGAUAAAGAUGCAGCGCUGAAGCCCAAGAAGAAGUCCAAGCGCGGAGAGCGAGUGUACAACGAUGAGGAUGCCAUCGAAUACUCAUCCGAGGAGGAGGAAGAAGAGGUUGUGGUGGCAGUGAAGCAGAAGGACAUUGUGAAGGUGGAUUACUCAAAACUACCAGCCCUGGAGUUUCGAAAGGCCUUCUAUGUUGAGGUGCCAGAGCUGAAGAAGAUGAGCGAGGACGAUGUGUUCAAACGUAGAGUGGAAAUGGAUAACACCCGAGUGAAGGGCAAGGACUGCCCUCGCCCUGUUAGUAAUUGGGCUCAGUGUGGAGUCAGCUCGCGAAUUAUGAAUGUCAUAAAGAAGAAUGGCUACGACAAGCCCAUGCCCAUUCAGGCUCAGACAAUCCCAGCGAUCAUGAGCGGCCGAGAUGUGAUUGGCAUCGCUAGAACGGGUAGCGGAAAAACUAUCGCUUUCCUCGUGCCAAUGUUCCGUCAUAUCCUUGAUCAACCAGAAAUAGAGCAAGGAGAUGGUCCUAUUGCCAUGAUCAUGGCACCAACGCGCGAACUUGCUAUACAAAUAUACACGGAAUGUCGCAAAUUCGCAAAAGUCAGCGGCGUGCGGGCGGUCUGUGUGUACGGAGGAUCUGGUAUUAGUGAACAAAUAGCCGAUUUGAAGAGAGGCGCAGAGAUCAUCGUGUGCACGCCGGGAAGAAUGAUUGAUAUGCUCUGCGCCAAUAGUGGGCGUGUGACGAACCUCAGGCGCGUGACGUAUCUGGUACUGGACGAAGCCGAUCGAAUGUUCGACAUGGGAUUCGAACCGCAAGUUAUGAAGGUGGUGGAUAACACGCGCAAGAACCGGCAGACGGUGCUGUUCAGUGCCACGUUCCCCAGACAGAUGGAAGCUCUCGCCCGGAAGAUCCUGAACAAGAAUCCGAUUGAGAUCAACGUGGGUGGCCGGAGUGUGGUAUCGUUCGACAUAGACCAGAACGUCGUCGUGCUCAGCGAGGAUGAGAAGUUCCUCAAACUACUUGAGCUGCUGGGAUACUACUUGAGCAAAGGCCUCGUCCUGAUCUUUGUCGAAAAGCAGGAGAAAGCCGAUAUGUUACUGAAAGACCUAUUAUCAGCUAACUAUCCGUGCCAAGCGCUGCAUGGAGGCAUGCACCAGGAAGACCGCGGGAGUGUAUUGGAUGACUUUAAGCGAGGCGUUUGUAAUCUGUUGAUUGCUACGAGUGUGGCGGCGAGAGGCCUGGAUGUCAAAGCCCUUAACUUGGUGGUCAACUACGGUAUGCUGAGUGUUAGUCAAUUGUAA